AUGGCGGCGGCGGUGACAACGACAAUGGCAGGGCAUUCUCUUUCUUCUUCUUCUCCUCCUUCGUUUUCUCUCCAUCUCCGGCAGCAGGUGCAGCAGCGGCGGGCGGCGGCCGCGGCGGGGGCAGCAGCGAUGUGCAGAGCAUUCUCUUUCUUCUUCUUCUCCUCGUUUGUUUUCUCUUCGUCUCCGCGGCAGGUGCAGCAGCGGCGGGCGAGGGCGGGGGAGGCUCUUUCUUCUUCUUCUUCUCCUCCUUCGUUUUCUCUCCGGAAACAGUGGCAGCAGCGGCGGGCGGACGGGCAGCAACGGCGGGCAGGGUACAUUUUUUCGAAACAAGGAUUCAGUACCCCAUCGCCGUGGCUCGGUGCCAACACCAUGGGUGGAAAAAAGCCUAUCACUAUUUUGACAGAUCAUGAUCAUGCUAUGGCGAAUGCAUUAGAUACAAGAUGGCCGCCUGAAACUUGCCACAGGUUAUGUAUUUGGCAUAUCUAUCAAAAUGCUGCAAUACAUUUAAGUGGAGUUUUUGAAAAAUAUAAAGAUUUUGCACAUCAUUUUGGAAAGUGUAUUUAUGAUUGUGAAGAAGAUGAUGAAUUUAUGCGUGAAUGGGAUAAAAUGUUGGAGAAGUAUGAUAUAAUGGAGAAUGAAUGGUUGAAGAGAUUGUUUAGAGUAAAAGAAAAAUGGGCAUUGGUAUAUGGGCGCCAAUUCUUUUGUGCUGAUAUUACUACGACACAACGUAGUGAAAGUAUGAAUAGUGUUGUCAAAAGAUUUGUGAGUUCCAAGAACCCUUUACGAGUAUUUUUUGAACGAUUCGAAAAUUUAAUUGUAUCUCACCGAUAUGAGGAGUUGAUUGCUGAUUUUAAAGCGCGUACGAGUGCUCUGGUCCUUCCUUUACCUGUUCAACUCUUGAAACAUGUUGCAAGUGUGUAUACACCUAAAGUUUUUAAGGAUUUUCAAAAUGAACUAGGGAAAGCUUAUGAUUGUGCGGUGGUUCUUAGUGACAUUUAUGAAAUAGCAGCAGCUUAUCAUGUCAGUUAUUUGGGAAGGUCAAGUUGUAAGAAGUUUGAAUUUGGUGGCUUGUUAUGUGAUCAUGCGUUGAAAGUCCUGACAAAUAAUAAUGUUUUUAAGAUCCCAAAGCAAUAUGUGAUGAAAAGAUGGACAAAAUCUGCUAAGAGUGGAGUGGUGUUUUCUUUGGAAGAUGGCGUGGAUGAUCCUAAGAAAAUGGCGGGCAUUAGCUUUAAGGAUGAGAGCAGCUCCGGAGAAAGAAGGCAACGUACACGUGAAGGGGAUAAAGACAAAAGCAAGAAUACGUUCCGGUAA